AUGGCAGCAAAAAGUAUAGUUUGCAGUGGGGUAAGGCGCAGAAUUGGUAACGGGGAGUCUACAUUCAUAUGGGCUCACCCCUGGUUACAAGAUGAUCAUGACCCUAUGAUACAAACAGAAAUGCCAGCACAGCUGCAGGAAGCCAGAGUGGCUGGUUUGAUUGAUCAACAAACGGGCACAUGGGAUUCCUCAAUUUUAACAGAUUUAUUCCAACCCAAUGAUGUGGAGAAUAUUAUGAAAAUACCUGUAUCCCCGGAUUAUGAUGACACUUGGUACUGGCAUGGAGACCCGAGGGGAAUAUACUCUGUUAAGAAUGGAUACAGGCGAAUUGUUGGAAAUUAUCAAAAUAGUAAUGGGACAUUUGCAGAAUGGUUGAACCUUUGGAAGCUCAAAAUCCCCCCAAAAUGGAAAAUGUUUCUCUGGAGAGCCAUUAGUGAUAUUUUGCCAACCACAACCAACUUACUUAUAAAGAGAGUGGAUGUGGAUCCACAUUGUGCCAUGUGUGGAAUAUCUCAAGAACACACAAUGCAUGCCCUAGUGUUGUGUGAUUUUGCAAAGAACACUUGGGAACAAUCCAACCUUACGAUCCCCAACAUUGACACAAAUAUUUUUCAUGUUUGGUUUGGUGAGCUUUUAAAUAUUCUAGACUCUGAUGGGAUAUUAUAUGCAGCAGCAAUUCUUUACAAUAUAUGGAGAGCAAGGAAUAUGGCGGUUUGGGAAGCAAAGUUACCACGACCGAUCACCAUACUCAAGAUAGCCGCUGCAGCCAAGGAGUCGUGGACCCGGGCGCAUCCACCACCCGUAGCCCGUGCUGCCCCACUGCCGACCGAGCCGCCUUUGGCGCAGGAGAAUGCCGAACUGAGCCAUGCCGAGCCGCACGCUGCCGAGCCGCAGUAUGGGUCGCCCAAGAGAAUUUGUUAUGUCGAUGCGGGAUUCUUGCCAGAGAGGCAGAGACAGGCCAAGCUGCGGGGGGAGCUGUUCUAG